AUGCCGCAGUCCUGCAAAGACAUCCGCGCUGCGCUGGCAUUCUGCCUCCAAAAUAGCGACUGCAUCAUGGUCGACCGACACACGCCCGGCGAAUGUCUGCGCCCGCCCCUCAAAUACACCCUCCCCACCCAGUGCCAGCAGCUGCAAAAGGGCUACGCCGAAUGCAAAAAGGGCAUGAUUGACAUGCGCAAGCGCUUCCGCGGCAACCGACCCAUUGCCGUGCCAGGCCAGCUCGAGACGGGCGCAUUUGGCCAGGGCCGUUCCGAGGCGGACGAGAAGGCGGGCACCAUGGAGGAGAAGGGAUACAUGCUCUACGCGGGGCGGCCGUACAAAGACGUCAAGGAGACCAAGGGCGAUGAGGAUCCAGAGAACAAGGGCCUGGACCGGUAG